AUGAUGAUCAACAAGUUCGCCCAAGCCCUCGCGCUGACCGCGUUCACCUUCGGCACGGUUACGUCCAGCGUCCGUGGUCAGACGUUGACGGAUGCCGAUCUUGACAAAGUCAAAGCGCGUCUGGCGGAAGGGGCUGUCCACAGCUGGGAACUCGGCACGCGCUCCGAGGCGCUCGUCGAGCUCGACUCGCCCGCCUACUCGGUCUUCAACGGCCAAGUGCCCCCUCCGCAGCACGCGCUGUCCUCGCUCAACGAAAUCCUCGACAUCGCGCGCUCGAUCGUCGCGAACCGUGCAACAUCCAACAACAACACCGUCGGCCCGCAGCCGCUCAUCGCGGACGGCGCCGCGGCCGACCCGGCGUCGAACCUAUUCGAGGUCAUCGUUGCCAAUUGGACGGGACAGAAGGACCAGGACUAUGCUGGCGCGGCGAAGGACCAGAUCGAUUUUUUGUUCCAGAAUGUGUCGCACACAUCGGAUGGCGCGAUUUCGCACCGCGCGGACGACCUCCAGCUGUGGAGCGACUUCGUGUACAUGGUACCCCCUUGCCUUGCGUACUACGGCGUGAUCACCCGGAACCAGUCGAUGGUCGCGGAGGCGGAUACGGCCGCCGGCAACAUGUGGCAGCACGUUCUGCUCGGCUUCUGGCAGGACCACGGGCACUGGACUACUGGUAACGGCUGGGCUGCAGCGGGAAUGCUUCGCGUCGCCGCCACGAUGAAGAAUUCGCCGUACAACUGGGCACUCCUGAAGGAACAGAGUGACCUCCUCGCCUGGACGUCCGAGAUUCAUACCGCCAUCUACCCAUACCAGGACAAGAACACCUCACUCUUUUGGAGCUACGCGGACAACAACGCGACCUUCAUCGAAGCCUCCGGCGCGACGCUCCUCGCCGCGACCGUCUACCGGCUCGUCAACCUAGGCGGCCCGACGACGCACAUCCCGAACGCGGAGGCGACGCGCAAGGCGAUCUCUGCGAAGAACGCUACGACGGGCGCCUUUAUUCACCUGGACGCGGACGGCUGGCUCACACCCGUCGUGAACCCGGAUGACUUCUCGCUCGAGGGCUCUGCGAGCCCCGAAGGCCAGGCGUUCGUGCUCGACGUGUACUCGGCGUGGAAGGAUUGGGUGAAGGCUGGGUCCAAGGGCGCGCCGCGCAAGGCAAAGAAGUCCCGUCUAGAACGCGAGGAGAUGUGAGGGCUAGCGCGUACAUUUAUGGAUACAAACCUUUGCACAAAGUCGGCCUACAAUACAAUCCUUGGCCAUGUCAUUCCUUUCUG